AUGCGUACCUCUAUCAUUUCUGCCGUUGCCGCUAUGGCCCUCUCUGCCGAGGCAGCAAAGAGCUACAUCCCCUACGUCUGGAAUAACACAGCCCCUGCCAUUGACGGCCAGCUUGUGCAGGCUAUCAACGGCCUCUUCAAUGUUGGUGGAACUGCCGACGGCAAGUGCUCCGGUAGCUGCCCUUCUGCCAACAAGACCAUCAUCACCCAAAGAUCGAACGACGACUUUUGGCUCAACGUCGCCGACCCUCAGGGACAGCAGAUGUACGUCUUCGACCAAGACUUGAAGUACACUCUUCCCAAGACCGACAAGGUCUCCGGCCCCGAUGAACAGGCCACCAACGGUCCUUUCUCCAUCGACUUUGACGACUAUGCUCAGGAGACUGUCCUCAGGUUCCAGGGAAAUGACUGGGCUGCUUGCAAAGCAUUCGAUGUCAACAAGGGCAUCACCCUCAAGGUUCAGCCUCUGGUCUACGGAGGUUCUCUCUGGGCCAAUGCUUACAGCUAUGAGUGCACUCCCUUCAAGAUGAGAUUGGAGGAGACCGAUGCACCUGCCGUCGACUACUACCGUCGCGAUUGCCCUUUCCGUUGGUUGAACUGCUGCCCUUUCUAUUGCAUGGGUCAAACUUGGGCCAUUGUUGAUGGCACCACCAACGAACCUGGUGAUAUUGUCAAGACUUGCCCCAACUGA